ACAAUGGCUGCUGAUCGCUGAUUCAUCGGCUGCUAUAGUUCUGAUGAGUCUGGCCCAUUUAUGGGUCACUGCACACGCUGUCAACCUGACUCUGAAAAGGCAGGGCCGGCCAAAGCAUGCCCCUAAUGUACACACACACACACACACACACACACACACACACAGUUACGCACACAUGUUCACACGGUCUCACCCACAUUCAUACGCUGACACAAAUGUUUUCAGAAGCUUGCAUCCUGUUCACUGUUAAGAGUCUAGAGACACCAGAUACGAACACCACUGAGAAGCAUCUGGUCAUAUAUCCAGAGUUCGUAUUUCCCAAUUUUUCCUUCUGUCACAACUUUCCAAUAGUAAGUAUCAAUUCCUAGAGUACUCUUUAUGAAUUUUAAGUCCUUAGUGACACUAUGUGAGAGAGAUUAUGCUCUCUCAAAUACAAAAAUCUAUUGAACUAUAUAAAGGCUUGUCUAUUGUUAUACUUUGUUUCAUAUGUUUCAGCUUGCAUGUUUAUGUUUUAUGAAGGCUGUGAAUUAGUGACAUUAUCUCUCAUUUUGUGAAUCUUUGCAGACAUGAGGGGAUCCCAGAUGUAUUUUCCAGCGCGCAGUGUGCUGUUCCGGAAAGAGCCCAGUGGAGUGACGUACCGAGUACCUGCUCUGAUCUAUCUCCCCAAUGCCGCGUCCUUCCUGGCCUUUUGUGAGGAGCGGCUGAGCCCAGCAGACGCUCAGGCCAACCUGCUGGUUAUGCGCAAGGGCAAGUUCUACAGGAAUUACGUGGAGUGGGACGACAUGCGCGUGCUGGCCACAGCACAUCUGCAGGGUCAUAGGUCAAUGAACCCUUGCCCAGUGUACGACGAGUUCACCGGCACCCUCUUCCUCUUCUUCAUCGCUGUGCUGGGACACACAUCAGAGGCCUACCAGCUAGUGACGGGGAAGAACGUGACACGCCUCUGCUACGUCUCCAGCAACGAUCAUGGUGACACCUGGAGCCCUGUCACAGACCUCACCAAGAGAGUGAUAGGAGACACCAUUAAAGAGUGGGCCACCUUCGCUCUGGGUCCGGGCCAUGGAAUCCAGCUGAAGUCAGGCCGCCUGCUGGUCCCAGCGUACGCAUACCACAUCGACUGCAAAGAGUGCCUGGGCAGGGUAUGUCUGACCACACCCCACUCCUUCUGCUUCCACAGUGACACGCAUGGCCGUGUGUGGCGGUUUGGAGAAGCGGUCCCUGGGCCGGAGAGUGUAGAGUGCCAGAUGGUGUCGGUCGACGAGGAGGACGGCUCUAACAUCCUUUACUGCAACGCCAGGAGCCCACUAGGGUGCCGGGUGCAGUCUCUCAGCCUGGACGAUGGCGCCGUGUUUCAGGAUGGUCAGCUGGUCCAGAAACUGGUGGAGCCACGCAACGGGUGCCAUGGCAGCAUCAUGGGCUUUCCUGCCCCUCUGGAGCUUCUGCAGGAGGUCAAACACUCCCGUCUACAACACUGGACAUCGGUGGUCCAUGCUUCCCCCAUCUCUGCUGCUUUAGUCUCAAAACGUGGGCAGAACUUCCUCACUCCGACCUGGGUGGUGUAUUCUCACCCCACCUGGCCCAAUGCACGCAGGGACCUGGGGGUGUACCUGAGCCUCUUUCCCCGCGAUCCAGACAGUUGGUCAGGGCCUUGGGUUAUUUAUGAGGGCCCAAGUGCCUAUUCAGACUUGGCCUACUUGGAGCUGCCCUCCCCCGGUGCUCCCCCAGUCACGGCCUUUGCCUGUCUGUUUGAGAACGGUACAAGGACACCUUAUGAUGAGAUAUCCUUCAGCAUCUUCACACUCUACGAGCUCAUAGACAACCUACCCCCUAAUAAAUGCCAACUCACAGAUCCAAACUCCAAGCUACAAAAAACUAGCAAGAGAAAGCGAUGGAGGUCCUGCAGCCUUUGUUGCAUAUCUUGAAGUGCAGUUAAGCAUUGUGUAAUUGUUUUGCGGAAAUCUUUUUUAACUGUUAGUUUAUGAUUUUAUUGGAGAGUAAAAUCUGUAGACAUGCACUAGGGUAGUGUCUCAUGUCUGUGUUUGUAGGCACAGUGACUCAGUAUAGCCACACAAUUUUAAGAAUGGUCUGAAUUUUCAGAUAAUACAGUAUGAUGAUGACAUUGACCCAAUCAAGAGAAUAGUACUGAUGAUCAGAGUUUAACAUAGUUUGAAAUUAAAUUAAUUAAAUAUUUACUCUCACUACUGUAGAGUGGCUAAGCUACGAUGUUUUAUUCAAACACUUGUCCCGCUGUCCUGCAAAUCGAUAGUCAUGAACUAAAAAAAACAUCAGCUAAGAUCUUAACUGGUUCACCUCUCCCUAAAACCCUUAUUUACUUUACCUUAUCUCUCACUAUAUAUUUUAACUAUGUCUGUGAUAUAUUUGGUGCAUGUUCAGGUGCCUUCAGAUUUUUAUGGUUGAGUCUAUUUUGUAAUAACUCACACCCUUUUGCGAUUGAUUCU